CAGUCGAGGUGAUAAUGUCUCAGGGUACCUACUCGUAUGAUGCCCCAGAUACCUUUAUGAACUUCAGGGAGCUGAAGGAGGAGGACGGCAUGGAUGCUUGGUUUGAUCACAAAGCAGGCCUGUUGAACACCCCCGGCUCGGAUGCGGCUGUGGCAGCGGCCGAGAUCUUCCCCAAAGCAGCCCCGUUGAGAGCUAACGUCCCACGCGCGGUCGUCUCGCCGAUGGUGAAAUGCGAUGAAUCUCCCAGUGAAAACCAUGUGCCUGAAGGGCCAUAUAGGAUACCACCGAAUUUGGUUGUUUCCGUGUCAGAGUGGCAUACGAAGUCAAACAACGCUGCUGCUCCUAAGAGGGCACCAGGAAGGGUAGCCAGAAGGCUCUCGGGCCAGCGAAAGAACACUCCACACCGAGUGGCGACCAAGAACAGAGCGGAAAGAUGCGCCAGCGCCCUGGCUAACAAACAGGACGCUCCCCCUGCAAAGAAACCGAAGAUCGCUGCCCGACAGCCCAAGAAAACUAAGCCCUCAGCGCCUGUCUGUGCAUGGAGGUCGGACAGCAGAGAGAAACUGGGUGAGAUUGCGGUGAACAGGGGCAUCUCGGCGGUGAGGGUCAGAGCACAGGCGGCAGGGCCCAGCUUGCCGGCGACUCCAAAGAGGAAUCCAUCGGCCAAGUCAACUGAGGAGCUGGAGCUGGAACGAAUGCAGCUGAUGCAGCAGGGGGUGGCCGAGAUGCGUCGGAAGAACGAGGAGUCCCUCAGAGCUGCCAUUGCCGGGCCAGGGCAACCCACAAAGAAGACGGUGACCCAGCUAACGAAGCCUAUGCACCUUCAUUUCAGUACGGAUGACAGGAUUAAGCAGCACGGAGAAAGCCAGCCUGUGACAGAGUACAAGGAGGUGGAUUUUGCAGCUGCCCUGAGGAAGCACGCCCCUUCUCCGGCCCGCGUGGCGAAGGGGGUCACGAUCCCCAAGCCCUUCAACCUGUCCCAGGGCAACAAGCGGAAGCACGAGGCGACCGUCCCUGAGUUCGUGUCCUUGGCGCAGCAGAUCAACAAGUUCCAGAAAGGCACCCCCCCUCGUUACCAUCUGCGGAGCAGGAAGGAGGAGGAAGCAGCCCCAAGGAGGCCCCUGAAGGCCACGGUGACCAACCCCCAGACUCCCCGCCUGGAAACCAGGAAUCGCUCGAGACCCGUCACUUGCAAGAGCGCAGCCGAGCUGGAGGAGGAGGAGCUUGCAACGCUCCAACAGUACAAGUUCAAAGCUCAAGAGCUCAACCCCCGGAUCCUGCAGGCCGGGCCCAUCUUGCCCAAGAAGCCCCCCGUGAAAGAGCCCACGACCGUCGGGUUCGAGCUGGAGAUCGAAAAGCGGAUUCAGGAGCGCGAGAGCAAGAAGACCCAGGAGGAGGAGCCCUUUGAGUUCCAUUCCAGGCCGUGUCCCACCAAAAUCCUGGAGGAAGUUGUGGGUGUCCCAGAGAAAAAGGCUCUUCCCCUCACAGUUCCCAAGUCCCCAGCAUUUGCCCUCAGGAACAAAGUCGGUUCCCUGGCUAGAGAAGAGGAGAAGGAGAAGAGAAGGUAAGCGGUCCCGGUGAUCAAAGCCAAGCCGAUGCCUCACUUUGGGGUCCCCUUCAAGCCCAAACACCUUGAGCCAAGGCAGGUGGAAGUCUGCCCCUUUUCCUUCGACUCCCGCGACAGAGAGAGGCUGCUCCAGAAAGAGAAGAAGAUGGAGGAGCUUCAGAAAGAAGAGGUGCCGAAAUUCCGAGCCCACCCCAUACCUCAGUUUGACCACGUCAGCUUGCCGGAGAAGAAGGUGAAGAGCCCCACCAAGCUUGAGCCCUUCCAGCUGCAGAUCGACCAGCGAGGGGCAAUGAAGCAGGAGCUCUGGCAGCAGCAGAUCAAGGAGGAGCUGAAGCUGCAGAAGGAAGCCGCCUCUUUCAAGGCCCAUCCCAGCACCGUGGUCCACCAGGAGCCCUUCGUGCCCAGGAAAGAGAGCAAGCCGCUGUCAGAGUCGCUUUCUGGUUCUGCAGUUCCCGAGGGCUUUGAGCUGGCCACAGAGAGGCGGGCCAAGAAACGGCAGGAGUUUGAGAAGUGGCUGAGCAGCGUGGAGGCCGAGAAAGCCCGGGCCCAAGAGGAAGCCAAGCGCCUCGAGGAGGAGCGCGAGAGAGAGAGACUGGCCAGGCUCAGAGAAGAUCUGGUGCACAAAGCAAACCCGAUCCGCAAGUACCAGAGCGUUGAAGUCAAGACUAGCGAUCAGCCCCUGACAGUACCAAAGUCUCCCAACUUUUCAGACCGAUUUCGGUGUUGAUGGCCGACCGCCUGGAGUU